AUGUCGAGUAAUCAAGAAGACCAACAACAACAACAACAACAAAAGCAGCAGCAGCAGCAGCAGCAGCAACAUCCACUAUUAGGUAGACAACAACAGCAACAACAGCAACAACCUCCAUAUAGAUUUUACACCGAACAGCAUCAACAACCAUCUUAUCAAUCAUCUCAUUAUCAAAACGCAUAUUUCCCCAACAAUGUCAAUAGCAGCAAUUACUAUGGCCUUGGACAAUCAUAUACUAAUCCAGCAUUAAUGAAUCCCAACAGCAACAUGAAUGAUGCCCCUGCAAAUUACUAUCAGCAGCAGCAGCAGCAGCAGCAGCAACAAUUAUAUCAACCCUAUCAACAGCAACACCAUCCACCCUCUCAAAUAUAUCAACCUCAAGCAACAAUGCAACAAUUUAGUGACCCAGUUGUACCAACUGAGCCUGAUGAAUUCAUUAUUGAUCUGCUAAGAAAACCUCAAGAAAGACUAUUUCUGUUGAAAUUAGAAUUGGAAUUGGAGGCUUUCAUCAAGGAUGAGCAAAAACUUCGCCUUGACCUACCUGGAAUGAAUUCAUAUCAAAGAUUGAUGGUGCAUCGGUUGGCACCUUAUUAUAAACUAAAUCAUUACCAUGAUGCCAUGCGAAAGGCAGUGUAUGUUUGCAAGACAUUUAUUACAGCAUUACCCUCUGUUCGAUUGCCUGAUAUCCAGCUGGAUAAAUAUGUAGCCAACGACGACAAUGAUGACAGCUCGAGCAGCAACCCAUCCCAUGCCACCACCAACAAUGACCCUCCACCUCAAUUCAAAAUCAUGCGUCGCUCAGCUGGAUCAAGUAGUCCAUCUUCGCGCACAUCCACACAUGAAGAUCAAUCAAAAACUGAUAGAAAAAACAUGACUUAUGAGGAGAGAAAAACGGCCUAUGAAGAAGCCAGAGCUCGUAUAUUUCAAAAUAUGGAAAAAUAA